AAUAUUUACUCGGAGAGAAGACGUAUUGACUCUGCCUCUCAUCGUCAUCCCAGAUAUGAAGGGUUCGCCACUUGUCUCAGGCGACGAGCUCCGACUUUCCUCCCUGUCAUCUCUCUCCUCCCAUAUAUCUUCUACUAAGUUCAUCACAUUUUCUCUCACUAAGAUAUUGAUUUGCAUAGCCACACAUAGAGAGAUUGCAUUGAAAUCUCCUAAUAACUAUUUUAGAAGAAUGAAAGGUGGUUUUGUUGUUGAAGAUAGGUUCAUGUGCGAAGAAGAGACCCAUCUCACUGUUCUCAAGACCUCUCUCUUCUUCGCCGACGAUGGAUUCACCGUCUACGAUUCCAAAGGUGAGCUCGUCCUCCGAGUCGACUCGUAUGGGGGCGAUGCACGUGACAAGGCCGAUGUCGUACUCAUGGAAGCCUCCGGCCGCUGCCUCCUCACGGUCCGGCGAAAGAGGCCGAGUCUGCAUCAUCGGUGGGAAGGGUUUCUAGGAGAGAAGACGGAGGGUCAACAACCGAUAUUCAGUGUGCGGAGAUCGUCGAUGAUGGGACGGUCGAGCAUGACUGUGGAGGUGUUUGGAGAUGCAGGUGAGGAGUACCAGAUAGAGGGAUCAUUCAGUCAACGAAGCUGCACCAUCUAUAAUGCAGCGAAGGAAUCGAUGGCUGAGAUCAGACCCAAAGUAGAUGAUUUGGCCCGCGUGAAGCUUGGGAAGGAAGUCUUCUCUCUUUGCGUGAAACCGGGUUUUGAUAGUGCCUUUGCCAUGGGAUUGGUGCUCGUCCUUGAUCAGAUCCACGGUGAUGACUGGGUUGAUGAAGGUGGAGGGGUCGAGGUGGACCCCACCAGUGUGGAAUCCGAAUCAGCUUGAUUUGAAUGUCAGAUGAUUUUGCAUGGCUGUCUGGUUUACAACCCUUGACAGGUUGUCUUGAUCUUUGCUAAUAGUAGUAAGUAUUGGGGUUUGUACAACCCCAUUGACAGGUUGUCUUGAACCUUUUGGUACUUUUGUUUUACAAAAGUCUAAAGAGAAAUACUCAAACUCUAUGUAUGUCUAAACUUUGUUUGUUGUUGAGCGAUGAAGAUUGAUUACAAAAA